GGUUUGUUUGUUUACAUUCCACCGGGCGACGCGGGCGCGUGUUAGGCACUCUGCAAUCGUACUCCACACACGAUGACUUUAUCGAAAAAUUUGGAGAAAAAGAUCGGCAAGAAAAUCAAACGCUGCCAGCUGCUGAUCGAAAAGGAUGCGGGAAUAACAUUCUCUGACGAGCCAACAAAGCUUAUCGCGAUCUGCAAUGCGGGGCUAUCGACAGGUUUGCAGCAAGAGGCUCUGCUAAAGGAAGCCCUGCAGCACGGAACCAUCCAGCAGGUGGUGUUCCCGCCGGGUAAAUCGUACUGUUUUCUUCAAUGCUCCUCCAUCACCGAGGCCCACGCUAUUUACACGGCACUGAAUGGACUCUGCACGUUGGGCCAGGAUGGUGCCGUGUUGCUGUUGGCAUUCUGUAAUGCACUUCCCGCGUAUCGUGAUGAUCCGUGGAAUGCCUGCCGACCCGAUGGAUUAAUCCUAGAACGUGAUUUCAUCGAUGAAACGAUGGAGCAGGCGUUGCUGGAGGCAGUGCAAAUCAGUGAAGAUACCGAGCAACCCGAUACAGAACCGAACAAAACGCUCAAACAUCGAAAAGUGAAACAUUUCGGGUACAAGUUUGUUUACGGUUCAAACAACGUGGACAGGACGAAGCCGCUGGAACGCAAAAUACCUUCCGUUUGCGGUGAGCUGUGGCAAAAGCUGCAACAGCUGCAUCCUCACCUGCGCUGGCACGUGCCGGACCAGCUGACGGUGAACCAAUACGAGCCGGGACAAGGUAUACCACCGCACGUGGACACACACAGUGCCUUCGACGAUCCCAUACUGUCCCUCUCCCUUGGCAGCGACGUUGUGAUGGAAUUUAAGCAACCCUCCUCCGGAAAAGUGGUUUGUGUCGACUUACCGUCGCGAUCGCUGCUGAUAAUGUCGGGCGAAAGCCGAUACGACUGGACGCACGGUAUAACGCCGCGCAAGAUGGACACAAUUCCGGCACCGAACGGAGGACUGACCGUACGAAAGCGACAGCUGCGGGUUUCGUUAACGUUUAGAAAAUUGCUUCCAAACGACCGAUGUGGUUGUCCAUUCCCGCGGCUGUGUGAUACCGCGCAGCAGUCGGUAUCGAAUCAGGCCAGCUUGCUGGCGUCACACGCAGCCCAGGUGGAGGCGGAAAACGUGCAUCGGGUUUACAACGAGAUAGCGAAACAUUUUAGCGACACGCGACACUCACCGUGGCCAAGGGUGGAAGCUUUCGUUCGAUCGUUAUCGGCCGGUGAAGUUUUGCUGGAUGUCGGAUGUGGCAACGGAAAGUAUCUAGCUUCAAGCGGAUGCUCUGUGUUGCUCGGUUGUGAUCGUAGCGAGGGGCUGCUCCAGGUUUGCAUUGAACGAGGGUUUAACGUGCUCCAGUGCGACUGUCUUGCGGUUCCCUUCCGGGACGAAUCGGUCGAUGCUUGCAUUAGCAUAGCCGUCAUUCACCAUCUAGCAACCGACGAACGCAGACAGCGCGCCAUUUCCGAAAUGAUACGAGUGCUACGCCCCGGCGGCCGGGCGCUGAUCUACGUGUGGGCCAAAAAUCAAGAAGCUAAUGCAAAAAAAUCCAGCUACCUACGGCAGAACAAACAGAACAACAAACCACCCGCCGAGGACGAGGCGGAAACCCCACCCGACACCCAGCCGGUACAGCUGGAAAGGGUUUCGGGAGCGGGCGACUGUACGCUACCCGUCCACACCAAUAGGACACAAUUUCAGCACCAAGAUUUGCUCGUACCGUGGAAGCUACGGUCGAACGAGUCGACGGAAAAGGCCACCUUUCUACGCUACUAUCACGUGUUCGAGGAGCACGAGCUGGAAAAGCUUUGUCUCGCUAGCGGCGGGGACAGCAUCGUGCUGCUGGAAAGCUACUACGAUCAGGGCAACUGGUGCGUGGUGCUGCAAAAGAAAGCGAACUAAAUCGAACCGGCGAAAGCGCGCAUCUAAC